AUGGCCCCAACCCCGGCCAUGCAUACUAUGCCAUUGCUCCUCAAGCAAUCGCUCAGAUCAAGUAUUCGUAUCUCCCACACAACAACUCGACCAACGAACCUAAGCUUCCGCCCGACACCCCCGAGCUCCGUCUCCAUUAAACCGACCCCAAGAACGUUCACCGUCUGCCUAAGAUGGCAAUUCCGCCAGGACCCCCGCCUGCUCGAUGCAUCCGAGGAUAAAUCAAAGGGGAGACCCAAUACAUACCCCGAGGAAAUUUCUCAAACCUCAAAUGGCGCCCAUACGCCCAAUUAUGGUUCCCCGUCGGAGGUGGAUGCGGGGACCUCUCGGACAGCAAAUAUCUCCGCAUCAGAGAUUAAUCGGCUCGUAGAAGAGUCUACUAUACACGGGACUGAGCGUGGUAUUCUAGAUCACCUUGAAGCGGAAAAGAAGAGAGAAGAAGAGGAACGAACGGGGAAAUCACAAAGCUCUAAUUCUGAUGCACAGAGUGGCGGUGGAACACGAGGUGAAGGAGAAGGAGGACUCCCGUCGUACCUGGAAGGUCGACGAUCCAGGGUGUCGAAGCAGUUCACAACAAUGAUGGAUAAUAUUCAGUCCAAUGUUUUUGUAGCUGGCCAGCGACUGAAUGACCUGACCGGCUACUCGGGUAUCGAAGCUCUCAAGAACGAGAUCCAGCACCAAGAAAUCCGUCUCCGUAACGCACGCUCUCAAGUUCGCAUCGCCAAAGACGCAUAUACAGCUGCUAUCAACAGCCGAUCCACUUCGCAGCGCGAAGUGAACGAGCUCCUCCAACGCAAGCAUGCUUGGUCCCCCACUGAUCUGGAACGCUUCACCCUUCUCUACCGUAACGAUCACACCAAUGAAGUCGCGGAGACAGAGUCACAAGAAGCACUAUCGCACGCUGAGCGUGAAGCUGAAGAGGCCGCUGCGCAGCUGAGCAAGAGUAUUCUAUCCCGCUACCACGAGGAACAAGUUUGGUCGGACAAGAUCCGCCGCAUGUCUACCUGGGGAACAUGGGGACUCAUGGGUGUAAACGUGUUACUUUUCCUGAUCUUCCAAAUUGCCGUGGAGCCGUGGCGCCGGCGCCGCCUUGUAAAGGGGUUUGAAGAUAAAGUGGUCGAGGCAAUCGAGAAAGAAAAGUCUAUUAACCCCGCUGCCUUUGCUGGUGCCUCCGCAUCAGCCAUUGAAUUGGAGAAGAGUGUCCCUGCUUCUACCGAGAGCUCUAUUAUUGCCGCGACUGAGGCGCCCGACAAUGGACUUACCGAAGUUCUUCCUGCUACGACUGAGGCUCAAGACCAGACAUCACUGGAGGUUACUUCACCUUCUCUGAAUAAUCUCUCUGGGUCACUAUACUCCCGAAUCGUCGGGAUCUCUUCUUCUCCGAUAUCACUCGAAUACUGGAGACAAGUUCUGAACGAGCUCAUCAGUGACCGUAGCGUUGCUGUUACUCAACGCGACCUCACUGUGGCUACUGUACAGAGCGCCACAAUCGGUGCGGCCGUGAUGGGUAUUAUACUUGCCCUGGUGAACCCCAGGUAG